AUGCCUCCGACCGAGUCCGCGCGAUCUGCCCUCAGCGCCUUCACUUGCACACUAUGCAACAAGUCCUACUCCCGACAUCCAGAAUUCGAAGCACAUAUCGGCUCUUAUGACCACCUGCAUCGCCAGCGCUUACAGGACCUCAAACAACUCUCGCGCGACCCCAAUGCAGCUGAGAAGGCGCGCCGCGCAGAGCGUAAAGCAGAUGCCGAGGCUGGACUGAAAGUCCUUGAUGCACCCACAGGCAACGGGGCAUCUAAAAAGAGCACUCUGACUGGAGGUUUCAAAAAGGGCGGCUUCAAAAGUUCUUUUACGACUAUCAAGGGUCCUGUAGCGGCGAAGAAGAAUGUCCUAGAAGAUUCCGAUGAUGAACGUCCGGUCAAAUCUUCAGAUAAUACCUCGUCCAAGGAUUACAAACCGGCGGCUGGUGGCAGUGUUCAGGAAACCGAAAGUGACGAUGAGCAAUACACGAAUGGGCAAGCUUAUUAUGAUCCUCGACGGCCAACCAGUUGUUUCCCUGGUUGUCCUGGUCGGGAAGUCAAAGUCGUACCUUGA